ACUGCUCUUCGUAGCUACAGACUAGCUAUUUAUUGUUGAGACCACCCUAGAAGUUUUCUAUACACGUCAUCCUCCCAAUCCUCUCCAUACACUUCAUACACUCACAGCCAAAAUGAGCUCAAACAAGGCCCUCGUCUUCAAGAAAGUCCCCGAAGGAUACCCAGUCCCCGGCGAGCACCUUACCAUCGAGCCUGUCGAGUAUGACGCCAACACACCCGCCCCGGAGAAUGGCGUUGUCCUGCAGUCCCUCUACACCAGCUUCGACCCCUACAUGCGUGGCCGCAUGCGCCCGCCUCAUGUAAAGUCCUACUCUCCAGCUUUCGAGCUUGGCAAACCCAUCGAGAGCUCGACGAUUGCCAAGGUCCUCCGCUCCAACAAUGCUUCUUUCAAGGAAGGCGAUCUGGUCAUCGGCUUCGUCCCCAUCCAGGAGUACAUCGUUCUCGAUGGCUCCCAGGUUGCUCGCAUCCGCCCACUCGAGAACCCCCUCGGCAUUGAGGACAUCCGUGUGUUCCUUGGUGCUCUGGGUAUGCCCGGUCUGACCGCCUACUCUUCCCUUUACGAGAUCGGUAAGCCCAAGAAGGGCGAGACAAUCUUCGUCUCCGCUGCCAGCGGCGCUGUCGGACAGCUCGUUGGUCAGCUGGCUAAGCACGAGGGUCUCAAGGUCAUCGGCAGUGUUGGUUCUGAUGAGAAGCUCGAGUACAUCAUCAAGGACCUGGGCUUUGACGGCGGUUUCAACUACAAGACGGAGAAGCCCGCUGAUGCUCUGGCCCGCCUGGCGCCCCAGGGUAUCGACAUCUACUACGAGAACGUCGGUGGCGAGCACCUCGAGGCCGCUCUGGACGCCAUGAACAACUUCGGUCGUGUGGUUGUCUGCGGCCUGAUCUCCCAAUACAACGCUGCUCCUUACCCCAUCAAGAACAUCCACAAUGUGCUGAUCAAGCGUAUUGACAUGCGUGGCUUCAUCGUCAGCGACCCUGGCAUGGGUGACAAGUACACUGAAGAGCACCAGAAGAACGUGCAGAAGUGGAUCAAGGACGGUUCCUUCAAGACUCUUCUGCACGAGACCACCGGUAUCGACAAUGCCGCCGAGGGUCUGGUUGGUAUCUUCCACGGUAAGAACAAGGGCAAGGCUGUUCUGAAGUUUUAGAAGGGAGGUAAUUCGUUGGAAAAUCCUGCAUGUUGAUAGUAUAAUCAUCUCAUAGACACAUUAUGACGAGAUAUGAGCGGAAAUGAAUUACAUAUGCCUGGCGCAAAAACAUUUUUCAGAUCUGGUCUCCGGUAAUUGAUGUCCGCACACGUCGGUUGACGUCCGCUGCGAUUGUCAGUAAGAACAUGUAUCUCGCAGAUAGCUCUGUAGACGAAUAUCGACAUCACGUAAGUCCAAAUACAAUAAAAAUGCUAGGAAAAG